UUGACAGCUCGCAGCUGUGUGUUUACCGUAAAAGAGUUUUGUUAUAGUUUUGUAGGCUAAAAUAAGGUGCAAAGAGUGAUUAUAAAUCAUUAUAAUUUUAAACCUUUGAUACAGGUACACAUUUGGUCCUGACUACUCAACGUGAAUAUAUCAAUAUGAGUAAGAUUUAUUUUUCCCAGUAUGAUAAACUAGUCACCCAGUAAUAAGGGUAAUGGAUCCAAUAAUAGACAAUGAAUGGCUAGGAAGCAAAAAUGACCAAAUUGAUGAUGCUCAAAAUGUCGGCAAUAUUGCAAGAAGUUGGCAAUGGAGGGAGAGAGGGGUCAAUCCUCUGCACUCUCCCAGCAAUAAGACUGUGCUUGAGAAUGUUGCAGAAGACAUACUUGUACAGAAACCUCUCAAAAUAAGAUGUUGUGAUCUGCCAGGCUAUCCACGAUCUACAUUUCUCAUGGUGUUUAGCCCUGAUGGGACUAAGGUUGCUUCUACACAUGGUAAUCAUAAUGUUUAUGUAUCAGAGCUGGCAAGUGGCAAACAUGUGAGGAUUUUGAAAGGGCAUCCUCGAACACCAUGGUGUAUAGCUUUCCAUCCAUCACACCCUCAGCUGAUAGGCUCUGGCUGUCUGGGUGGCCAAGUUAGAGUUUGGGAUAUUUCUAGUGGUGGAAGUGAGGUUUGGAGUGUGCAAAAGGAAACAGUGAUAGCAUCCAUAGCUUUCCAUCCUCGGGAACAACUCUUAGUCAUUGCUACUUACAAUGAACUGUAUUUCUGGGACUGGAGUCGACCUGCUCCCUUCACUAAAGUAUCCACUAAUAAUAUUAAUGAGAAAGUCAGAUAUGUGGCAUUUGAUUCUCUUGGUUACAAACUUAUUACUGGCAUUUCACUAUGGACAUCACCAGGUGGCCAUACCUCUCUCCUUCAACGAAACUCUCACUCAAGUCCUCCACAUGUAAUAAAUUACCGUAGAAGGGAUGAUCCUGAUGAAAAUUCUGGAAAUAAUAGAUCUCAAGAUAGUCCUGGGCCAACAAGGGAUGUGAUAGUAAACUCUUAUCAAAAUUUAGUUCAACGGUAUGAUAGUCUUGUGAGAAACUAUCAAAGGUUGUUUAUGGUUCGACAUAGACUAACUGCCACUACGCCACCACCUAGCACGACGGACCGCGGUACCGACCCUAUGGAAACUGAUCCAUCACCAGAGGCCAAUGGUUAUACACGUAUGGCGCGUUCCAAUUUAUCAUUACCUAAUUUUGACGAUGAUAAUCCUAUGCCAGGCACAUCAAAUAGGCAGGAUAAUGCUGAAAACACUGAUGUAGAAGCUAAUAGCAGUAGAUUAUUGAAUCUUGACGCUUUAUCAUUUGGAAGUGAUCCUUCAAGGGAGCAGAACGCCACGCGACAAGAAUCUUUCAUAUUCGGGUCCCGACCUUCGGCUUUUCAACCUUUGGGUGAAAGUUCUAGAACAUCACUAUGGUCAGCCAGUCAAACUGAUCAAAAUGAACGCGUGACACGGCUUCUUCCCAAUCCAUUUUCAUCUACAAAUGGAACUCCGAGGCCUUCUCGAGUUUCUUUUACAAGUAGCCCUCUCAAUAACCAAGAUAACGAAAGUACUGCAGGCUCAUCGCGUACAAGUUUGUUUCCGGCGUAUAGGUCUGAAUCUCCAUUACUUCUUGACUUAUCACUCCAUAGAUGUACUCCAAAUCCUCCAAAUAACAAUCAAAAUGAGAAUCCCAUUACCACCGAUAACGAUUCGUCAUUUAGCUCUUCGUCGCCUCCAAACACUUCUGCUAAUUCAAACGCUCACAGAACUUCAACUUCAAAUACCACACAAGCUCAAAUGACGACACCAGUAGAUGCUCAAACAAUUAAUGAAAGUCUAGAUUUAAUACGAGACAUUCUUAGAGAUUCUGGAACAAGGUUACUUAAUUUAAUAACUAAUAUGUCAUUAUCAACUUUGACUCGCGCAGAAAGAAAUAUUCAAAGAAGAGAAAAUGAUUCUAGAGCACAUUCUGAUGACAGUGAUGGCGUUGCGAGAACUCGCAAUGCUCGUCCGCGACCACGUUUAUUUAGUAGUGGUUUACAUCAAAAUACUAUAUAUUUAUCUUCGAGUUCAGAAUCAGAUAGUGACAAUCCUCCUGAAGUGAAUAUAUUUAGAACGAGAAAUUCGACUUUUAGAGAAGAUAAUACACGGGAUAGUAAUCGCCAAACAGCUAGUGGUAGUAGCGCUAAUAGGUUAGAAAAUCCUACCGAUAGACUUGUAUUUGAAUUAAACGAUGAUUUACCUGUAUCAGAUAAUGUUCCUGAAAGAAGUGGUUUAAAUGUGUCUUCUAACAGUAGAAGAUUUCACGUGCGCACCCAAAAUAACGCAACUGAUGAAGGUACGAGUACAAGAAAUAACGAAAGUGUGCCAUCUGAAAAUCGAAAUCAGAAUAGUAACUUUGACCCAAAUAUGCCAUCAACUAGCAGAGAUAAUUUUUGGUCAAGUGGUAAUACCUUGUCAUCAGAUGAAGCGUUUAGAAAAGUAAGAGGUGGUGUCAAUGCAUUGCAGAAACAUGCACAACAACUUGCAAAUUUUUGGCUUCGAGGUCAGCGUAUAAGUAUGCGUGAUUUACGUAAUAUGUGGGAAAAUUUGAGAAGGCGAAUUCUGAUGUUACACAGAGAAACAGGUAGACAAGAUGUUCCUAGCUAUUAUACGAGAUCUCUCUUAGAAAGAUGUAUGAUGCUGACUGAAAUCACUGACAAUGUCAGUCGUGGCUCUAGUAGGACCAGAGGCAGUCAAAGGUCUGAUGAUAGGACUUCUGAGACAAAUAGAGAUGCCUCUAUCAACUCAGAUACUCCUGAAAAUGAUCAAAGUACGCCAGAUAAUCCAAAUGACAAUAGACAAUCAAGUAGAACCUCACAGACAAGAUCUUCUUCGGGUGGUCGAUACUCACCAUUUGUGAGGCGACGAUUACAACCUAACUAUAGAUGGCGACAUGAUGAUGAUCUUCGGAGAAGAACGCGCAAUUCUACAUCUAAUCGUUUGUCGCAAAGAUAUAACAAUAGACCACGCCGGGAAUUUGCCCGAGCUAUUGAAAUUAGUGCAACAAGGCAUGAGAUACGCAUGCGCGCCAUGCAAGUUUUGUCAGUUAUGUUUAAUAUGAUGAUGAUGUGUUUAGAAGAACGAGGUUUAAGUCAACUUAUAAUUAAUAUGUUACGAACGCUGAAAAAAGCUUUAGCUAUUACUUGUUUAAUGCUCAUGUCUAAUAGAAACAGUGGGAGAACAAACGCUAGUAAUAAUCAAUCGCCUCAAAGAUCUGAUAACCGUAAUACAAAUCGCGUGGAUAACAAUGAAGCUAAUACAAAUAAUACGAAUGAGCAAAAUGAGUCUACGCAUAAUUCAAUUUCUAGUGGGACUGAAGAAGAAAGAACUCGCGGAAGUACAUCUACGAAUCGUGAAAAUUCAACGACGUCGGCUUCAGGAUCAAAUGCUAAUAAUACACAAGAGGAUUCCCCUGUAUCUUCUCCAAAUUCAGCCACACAGAGAUGGAGUAACCGUCUUGCUGUACUUAUAGCUGCAGCAAACAGAAAUAAUUCAGCAACUGCUAGAUGUAGAAGAGAACUAUACCAAGAAAGCAGAAGAUUGAAAGCAUUACACCGAACUAAUCCAACGGCGCAUCCGUUAAUAAAAAAGAAAGCUUUUCCUCCCGUUGCCAAUCACAGAAUUCCUAUUUUACGCUCACUCCCUCGUAAAAAUAUAAUCAAAACACCUCCAACGCCUAGGAAUGGAUCUGCAAACCCUGAACCUGUCGCUGGUCCUUCAAGGUUUUCUACCGGAGAAAAUCCUAAUCAGGAACCAUCUAGACUUCCUCCCGAAGUAAUGAACGAAUUUGAACAUAGGAUUAAUUUAAUACGAAUAGCCCAUAUGCAGGCUGUGAGACUUAGAAAUGUAGCAAGAAGCAGAUAUAGACGUUUGCAAACGAUUCGUCUGUAUACACCGUCGUCAGUGAGGGAAAUGUUUACUCUUCAAGAGAAUAAUGAAAAUCAGCAAGGCAAUCGGUCGCCUUUACAAAAUAACUCCGAUCAAAAUAGUCGCAGACCUUCAUUCGACGGUCGCUCACCCAUCCUUGGUAGAGAAAGAAUUUUUCCACGGCUUCCUAUGAAUGCCCAGUCCGAAGAUUCUGGCCCACUUCACGCUGUUAUAAGUAAUGCGGCAUUGUCGCUCUUGCAAGUUAAUGAUCCUGACAGUCCAGAAGAACAGGGGAAUCAACAGCAGAGAUUGCCAAGGAUUCAUGAGUACUUGCAGCCGAUAAUAUUAGCUCAGAAUGCCAUGGCCGAUGAAGAUGGCAACGGUGAGGGCGGGGGCGCGGGCGGCGCUGGCGAAGGCAACGGCAUCGCCGGUUUCGGUGCGAGGCGCAUGAGCGGCAUGGCUGGCUUGCUGGACGCGGGCAUUAUCUCGGAAACGUUUCCUGCGCCCUCACAUAGGGUACAAGCCUGGGACUUUACCAAAGGCGACACUCCCGACAUUGCCGAUAGUUCUAAAAAUGUUGUAGUCCAAAGAUGUAGAAUCCAUAAUGAUGCAAGUAUCGAUAUAUCCAAAGAUGGGAGGCUGUUGGUUGCUCUGCUUCCCGUACCACGGUUACGUAACACUAAUCACUGGUUAGGCGUGUACUCGCUGGAGUGGUCGCGGCUGGGGCAGUGCCUGCACACGGCGGUGCUGGAGCAGAGCGCGGUGUCGGUGGCGCUGUCGCCGACCGCGCGCCACCUCGCCGUGGGGCUCGGCUCGCGCCGCUUCACCUCCGUGCACCACGCGCGCACCAACGUGUUCGCGCUGCUCUACCGGCUCGACCCGCUCGAAAGUUCCAGUAGGACUGGUUUGUCGCCGAUUAAGGAGAUGGAGCAAACGUGGGAGCACGGCUUCACCAGCCUGAACUGUCUGCGCUGGGCCCCACAGCCGGGACAAGGCCUCGUGUACGCAAAUAACACGGGACAACUUAUUAUUAUGAGUUAAGUCUAACGAAUUUAUGUUAUCCGAUCAAUUAAAACACAAACACCGGAUAUUUUUUUAAACAUACCGCCUAUAAAUUAUCCGUGAAGCGGCGCUAACUACGACUAACUUUAUGAAUUAAGCGUAGCCUUAUAUCGACUACGAAAUGUUUUAGAGACCCGGUUGCAACUGUUGUAAAUGUAUUUGUGUAGUUCAUCUUAUUAGCGGUCUUAAUGUAACUGAUCUCUUUGCUUGUUAAUACGCGAUUUAUCAAUUAAAUUUUAUUUAUAAAUGUUACCAGAUUAGAUCCAAAUCAUAGCUUAGGCUUCCUUUCAUAAGAUAUCUAAAUCGUACACUUUCCUAGGAGCCUAUUCGCCUUUAGCAAGUAGAUAUUUAAUCAUUUGUAUACUAAUUAAGUAAUUAUUUGUUAAUAUGUAUUUAAAGUAAUCCUAAUUUUAUUUAAUCAAAGUCUAAUAUAGGAUUGUUACAUAAAUCAUUUCAUGUAGGUUCAAACGCUUUAUUCUCGAUGCAACUGUUGUGAUUAAUAUUUCACAAAGAAUACUUUGUUACUUGGCGAUUGAUUAAUAAUGACCAAAUGUUUAAGUGGUACGAAUAGUACCUAGCUAGAUACGUAUAUAAGUAUAUUGCAACCAAAUAUAAUUAUUGCCUUUUAAUGAUGGACACCUACGAAAUUUUUUUCAGUAUAGAAUGAUUAAUCGUCUUUUCUCCGAGCUUAGUUCAGUUUUAUCAUUAAAAUGGACUUAUAAGUACGUAACGAAAUUUCUUAGCAUAUAUGGCAUAAAAUACUGAGAUUCAAAACAUGACCCUUGAAGACAUUAAUAUUGUAACAAUGCUAGUCUGUUCUUACUUUUUGUGUAAAUAUUAUAAGAAUGUAACAAUCCCACUAUAUUAGUACGAAAAUGCCAAAAUUUCUAAUCGGAUUACCUUUUUUUCACUACCCUUAAGAGGAUACAAAAUCAAUGACUUUUAUGUUAUUAAGUUCACAAAUAUUAACAAUCUAAAACCUUGGACUCUGCUUUAUUUUAUUUUAUUGUAUAAAUCUUUUGUUUUUGUUAUCCAUUAAUCGCACCAUAAUACUAUUAUAUAACAAUUUGUGUAAUAAUUAAAGAAUAUCGAUUCGAAUCACUCAAUUUAACCGAAAUUCGAUUUUGCUGUACAUAGGAUCGCUUUCAUGUACUUCAUAUUUUUAAUUCUAUUUAAACUUUGAUGUUAUUAAAUAAAAUUACAUUCAUACAAUUUUGCAAUGUCCGUCUGGUUCGGGAUUAGAUCGGCAAAUGUUUACUUUUCGAAGCCAAAUAAUAUAAUGUCGUCUAUUAAAAGCGUAUUUUUAUGAAGCAAAGAAGCAAACCACAUAGUAAGUAAAAGUAUUAUUCUAAAAACGAAGAACCCGGCCUAAGAAUUAAUGAAACGUAAUGAGAAAAUCAAGUAGCACAAUAUCUGUAUAAUAUUCGACAAAAUAAAGCAUUUUUUUUUUGUAAGAUUACCUUAUUUAAUUAUCAAGUAACUACGUAAUUUAUAUCCAAUUUAGCCAAUAUUGUAGAAUGCUACAGGCGUAGUUUUGGUAAAUCUUUAUCGCCCGUUUUCAACUAUGUACCUAGUCCCCGAAUUGUAAGUUUCCAUCUCAAUUUUGGAUGUGAUCCUCGAUUUUCGUCUCUUUCCAGUUUAUUAAUUUUCUGUAGUCGGGUGUUUUGUUUUUGUAAUAGUAAUCUA